GUCAAAGCAGUCCCGUCAGUCUUGACAGCUCCAUAACAGAACCUGGAAAUAAAAAUAAAAGGAAAAUUCAUUUUUUUUUCUUUUGCAAGAGUAACUUGCACUUUUAAAGAAAACUGAAUCGUGUAUGCUUCGUCUCAAAAAAAGGCACAUGCAAUUCAAUGAUAUUUCGAUAUUUGAUGCACAAGAACUUUAUCUGCGGGUGUUUCGAAGAAAAACGUUGUUUUUUACAGCUUGAUAAGGGACUUUGACAGAUUUAUUUGCCUGAGCAAAUACAGUUUUGCAACUUUUGUAGUGUCCCCAAUCAGCUCGAGAUUUGACCAUUUAGCCAAAUCAGGCUAACUGUUUUUUCUACUCGCUUUCGUCGAUUUACGAUUUUUCUUAUGAAUCUACUCGACCCCUUCAUGAAGAUGACAGAGGACCAGGAGAAAUGUCUGUCAGACGCCCCCAGUCCGAGCAUGUCCGAGGAUUCUGCGGGGUCCCCGUGCCCGUCUGGAUCGGGCUCCGACGCCGAGAACACCAGACCGUCGGAGAAUAGCUUGUUGGGACCGGACAGUCAGAUGCCUGACUUCAAAAAAGAGGGCGAUGAUGACAAAUUCCCCGUUUGCAUCAGGGAUGCGGUUUCCCAGGUGCUGAAGGGCUAUGACUGGACCCUAGUACCCAUGCCCGUGCGGGUGAACGGAAGCAGCAAAAACAAGCCUCACGUUAAGAGACCAAUGAAUGCGUUCAUGGUGUGGGCUCAGGCUGCCAGGAGAAAGCUGGCAGACCAGUACCCGCAUCUUCACAACGCAGAGCUCAGCAAAACACUCGGGAAACUUUGGAGAUUGCUCAACGAGGGCGAGAAGCGUCCCUUCGUUGAAGAGGCAGAGAGACUGAGGGUGCAGCACAAGAAAGAUCACCCCGAUUACAAGUACCAGCCGAGGAGAAGGAAGUCCGUGAAGAACGGGCAGAACGAAGCUGAAGACGGAUCUGAGCAAACUCACAUCUCACCAACUGCGAUCUUCAAAGCGCUGCAACAGGCCGAUUCCCCUCACUCUGCGUCCAGCAUGAGCGAGGUGCAUUCCCCCGGCGAGCAUUCAGGCCAGUCCCAAGGUCCACCUACUCCGCCCACAACUCCCAAAACAGACGUGCAGGCUGGAAAAGCAGAUCUGAAACGGGAAGGGCGCCCCCUGCAGGAAGGUGGUGGCAGGCAGCCUCACAUUGACUUCAGAGAUGUGGACAUUGGAGAGCUGAGCAGCGACGUCAUAUCCAACAUAGAGACAUUCGAUGUCAACGAGUUUGACCAGUACCUCCCGCCCAACGGUCACCCAGGUGUUCCAGCCACCAACUCAGCUCAUAGCCAGAGUGGCCAGGUCACUUACACUGGCAGCUACGGCAUCAGCAGCACCUCGGUCCCCCAAGCAGCAAACGUCGCGGGGCACGCUUGGAUGGCCAAGCAGCAGCAGCAGCAGCAGCAGCACUCCUUGCCCACCCUCAGCAGCGAACAGGGGCAGCAGAGAACAACACACAUCAAGACCGAGCAGCUGAGCCCGAGCCACUACAACGAGCAGCAACACUCCCCGCAAUCAAUCAACUACGGCUCCUUCAACCUGCAGCACUACAGCUCUGCAUAUCCUACCAUCACACGCUCCCAGUAUGACUAUUCAGAGCACCAGGGAGCCAACUCCUACUACAGCCACGCAGCAAGCCAGGGCUCCGGCCUGUACUCCACCUUCACCUACAUGAGCCCGGCCCAGAGGCCCAUGUACACCCCCAUUGCAGACACUACCGGGGUCCCUUCCAUUCCCCAGACCCACAGUCCUCAGCACUGGGAGCAGCCUGUCUACACACAGCUCACCAGGCCUUAGGAGCCAUUCAGACCGAAUGCAGUGACUGUUGUGAGAAAGGCCAUCCCCAUACCAUCUCAGAAACUGUUACUCUAGAGCCAGUGUGCCAGGUCAGUGUCAACUCAGAUCUGAGAAUGAACAACUCGAAACAGUGAACAAGAGCUGGGCUUUGGUCAUUUAAAAAGGCAGGUGAACAGUCUUUGAAGGGCUGGAAUGGUUCAAUCAGUGCCUUUUUUGUUGGACUUAUAAUUCAUUGUGUUUUUUAGCCAUAAUUAAAAGAGAAAUCCUCUGUGAGGACUUAUUAAUUCUAAAUAUAUUUUAGUAUGUACUGUGUAUGUUUCAUUCUUUUUUUGGCGGGGGGGGGAGGGGUGGGAUUUAUACAUAUUUGUAGGUAAAUAAGAUGCUCUUAUUUUUUAUUUUUUUUCAAAUCAGCUCUAUAAACCACUUGUGGUAGUACAGUCUGCUAUAGCCUUUUUUUUUUGCUGACAAACAUAUUUUUGUACAGAAAAAAAUAAUUAUAUAUAUAUUUUUUUUUUUACUCUCUCGCAAUAAUGUAUUGUGCUUUUGUAACUUUUUGUAGGAAAAACAAAAUGUAAAGAAAAUGCUGGAUAAUGUUCUAGUGAUAAAAAACAAAGUGCCAGUUAUCAAUGAAAGGGUUAAAAAAAUCGGAAAGGUAGCUUUUACAUCCUUGGGCCUUACUACAUAACUUAAAGAAAUGUAUCAUGUUUUUUUCUGCAAGAUGCUGUCUUUGCACCACUAGUGCCUAUGGACCAUGCAUGCAGGAGCGAAAUUAAAUUUCCAUGUUUUACUAGAUUGACAUCCACACCACACCAGCCCUGCACCAAGAAGCCACAGCUGAUAUAUUACUUCCUGUUUGACAGCACGUGCUAAACAGGCACAGUAAGUGACCUUUAACCCAUUAAGUUCCAGCAGGUCACAACAAAGUUACUUUAGUAUUCUCCUCCCUGUUCCUAACCCAUUUAAAGUUAUUUAUUAGCAUUAAUUUUAUUUCAAAGUAAAUAUUUGCAUUGUGUUUGUUUUAAUAUACAGCUGUAUACAACUAAUUAAAUUUAAUAAAUACCCUAGGUAUAUAUAAAAAAAGGCAGUUGAUGGAAAGGGUACCCUUGUUGUUUUAAUAUGGUGCAAAUUGUAACCAUUGUUUAUUUAUCAUUUUAAGUGUUUCUGUUAUUAAAAAAAUAUUUUAAAGUCUUGUAUCUAGCUGUGUACAGAUGUGUUUUAAUUGUAAUUAAACGAUUAAAAUAAAAAAAAAAACAACUGGAAAAGUUAUUUUUAAUUUUUAAAAACAGAAGUUGCAAAUGUAGUGUAUCACUGAUUUGCAUUUAUAUUUCCUGCUUCAGCUUUGUUUUUUAACUAUGAUCAAGCUGUGGCUGCUGGAAAGACUUCUCUUUAUAAAAGACAAAAUCCUUUUUUUUUUUUUUUAAAGUUCUAUUUCUUUUCUCUAUUAUAUAUCCCAGUACUGAUUUUUACAACUUUUUGUAAUGCAACUGAACAAAACAUAUUGGGUUUUUUAGGCGUUUUAACAAAUCAUUGUCUUAAAAAGCUUAUCUUUUGUAUUAUAUUGUUUGCAAUAAAAGAGAAAAUGUAUUUAAAAAAAA